UUGAGUUCAGUGUUGGGUCUUAAAUUCUUGUGUAGUUGUGUUGGAUUGGUUUUCUUUGUGGAUUAUUAAAAUCUGUUGGAACAUCAUCUUCAUCGUCGUGUGUUUGAUUACCAAACAAACUCGUGACAGACGACCCGACCUAAAGGAAGUAAACAAGUAGUGGCGUGCCUAAAUCUCGUUUUAUUUUCCGUUUGUCAGUGUUUUGUUUAUUUUUGUUUAUGAAUCACUUUGCCGCCAUUAACCUGCUCUGCCUUGAGCGUGGAUGAAUUCCUGGGUCUCACACAUCAGACCACCUUCCCGGAUGACUGCUUUUGCUCAUUCCUGCACGCUGGCCGGAAAAAGUGACUGAGCAUGCCAUCACCCUGGAGCCUGAGCCAAUUGAAGCAUCUGACCAGGUGUGUGAGCCGGCAACACCGCACAUGCCGGAGGGAGUAGUAGUGGAGUACGAGGGAAUGGAAAGAAGCCCUGCCCACACUCCCACCACUGAGGUCCAGCCCUGACCCUCCCGAAUCUCCUGAGCCCCCUGUGUUCCCUCCCAACUUCCCUCUGCCGCCUCCCUAUAUAUCUGCAGUUCUGCUGUCAUGUCUCCGCUGGUUUCUGUAAGCCCCUCAGCUCAACCUCAGACAGUACCAUCCUGGAGCCUUGUCUUGCCUCAGGGGUUCCAGUCUCCAUCUCUGCCUUGGCUUGAAGAUCCACUGUCUCCACCUUCAGCCUCCGAGUCCUGGACUCCACCUCGGCCCUUCGACCCAGUGGCUCCACCUUGGCUCCAAGCACCCUCAUCUCCACCGUGGCCCGUCAUCCCACUGGCUCCACCGGGCUACCUCGUCCCUCCAGCUCCGCCUUGGUCAGUCGUUGACCCUUCAUCUAUAUGGAAUUCCACUCCUCCGGCUUCACCUCAUCCCUCCAUCCCUCUGGCUCCGUCUGGCUCAUCCUUCCCUCCAGCUCCUCCUUGGUCCUCAGUUGCUCUGGCUCCACCGUGGUCUUCCGGAUCUCCGCCUCAGUCGCAGAAGCUGUUGACUCUUCCUUGGCCCUCCGGACCCACGGUGUCACCCUGGCUUUUCGGCUCUCCAUCUCCACCCUGGGCUCCUCCAUCGGCGUUGUCUCCAUCACCAUCAUGGCCUCCACCUUGGCUCCUCCCUCCAUCGACUCCGCUGUGGGCCUCAGCCCUGGCUGGACUCUAGAGUGCCACCUGGCUCCUCCUGCUCAAGGGUCCUCCCUGGUCAUCUCCUUUACUGGCACCUCUUUUGUUUGUCAUCCUCCUCCCGGUUGUCUGUCCUCCUCCAGAACCUCCUCCUGCAUCACUCUGCCUGUGUGUCAUUCCUCCUGCUCGCCGCCUCAUGAACUCUGUUUGUGUUUUGUUUGCCGCUCCUUUUUUAGUUAUAGUUAUUCAUUUGAUUUCAUCUUCAGGUGUGUGUCUUUUAUCUUCACUAUAUAAGUUCAGUUCAGUUUGAGUUCAG